UAUUUUGGUAUUUUCGCAGCCUAGGAUUGUGACUUCCUUUUCCGAAACUCGCGAUCACAAAUUCCCAACUUAGCCAACCUCACCACAACGACAUAUGCAUACUCAAGAACAAUGGCGCCAUCCACCGACGUUCAAAUCGCUCCCCUCUCAGACCGUGAUAUCCCCGAAACUUUCCGCAUGAUGUCCCUCUCCUUUGGUACGGACGCACCCUUUAUCAACGCCUACUUCCUCGCACACACCACGCCCGCCGGCCAAGCCUCCGGCGCCGAGCGUCUCCUAGCAUGGAAGCACAGCGCGCCAAACUCCCAAUUCCUGAGAGCUGUGGCUGCGUCGGAAGACGGCGGGGAAGUUGUCAUCGGGAUAGGGAUCUGGACGUACAUGACUGAGAAGCCACCGCAGACGCUGGAUGAGGCGGAGGGCGAGGAGGGGGUGAGCAAGUACUGGCCUGAGGAUGGGGCUAGGGAGUGGAUGAGGGCGCUAUGGAGGGAGUAUGUUAAGCCAAGGACAGCGGCGGUAGUGGGAGCGGAGGGGAAGGGAGUUUAUGCUGUGCAUCCGGAGUAUAGGCGGCUCGGUGCUGGUGCUGCGCUGGUGAAUGCGGGACUGAAGGCUGCGGAAGAGAAGGGUGUUGGUGCCAUUAUUGAGAGUACGGAUGCUGGACGACCAUUGUAUGAGAAGUGUGGAUUAAAGUGCGAGAUUGAAAAGAUGGUGUUUGAUGUUGGAGAACAAUUCAGCGGGAAGAAGACGCCGAAGUUAUGUUUCAUGGUGAAAGAGGCGGCUGCGGCUUCCUGAGGUGUUCGAGAAGUUUCUGGGGUUUGCAAACCGACUUGACGUGAACCACGCGAUGAUUCAGGGGC